GGAUCGGUGGCGAAGGGCUAGCUGGCUCGCUCGCUCGCUUGCUCGCUCGAGGAAAACAAGUUCGCGAGCCUAGCGGCCGUAUGUGUUGUACGUACGCGAUAUAUCGAGCAUAAUCGUGGCGCCGAGAAUUUUGCGAACGUGAAGCGAAACGAUCCAUCAUCUGCGCGUGUGUGUACGCGCAUGUGUACAUGUGCGUGUGCGUGCGCGCAGCAGUCUCAUCCCUGCGAUCCGUUUAGCGCGUGACAGAAGGCGAGAGGCGAACAAUAGACGACGAUAGACUACCCGUGGACACGGAGAAUGUCGAGUGCGCGAGUGCAGGUAGUACAGAUUGCGAGCGCGAGGGUCCCGAAGAGGCAAUCAAUCUUCACGUAGGUUGCGUUUGUAUUACGCGCGCUGUGCAUAUAUAUGUGUCCGUGCGUGCGCGCGAAUAAUCGUUCGUAGCGUAACGCGUCGUCGUUGGCCGAACGCUGUCGGUGGUGCUGUGAGAUCCCGUCGUCCGGCGAGAUCGCGCGGCCGACUUCAGGUAACUCGUCCGCGGAGCGAGUCCGUGCCGAGAAUCUGUCCGUCCAUCUGUGACGCGCGAUUUGUCGUGGGGAGACUUCAACAACGGAGGAGAACUGCGGCAGCUCCGUCGCGGCUCUCUGCUGGCCGUCGUCGAGAAACGAACGUCGUGUCGUCAGCGGGGAAGAGGGCACGUACCGAGCGUGCGUAUGCUGCAAAAUCUGGAGAGGACCUCGCGAAUGGGGGCACGGCAGGUUGACAUAUGAAUGGUGUCGGGGUCACAGGGACACACGCCACGUACGUGAAUCCACUUGAUAAGAUGUCAACGACCACCGACGUCAGCGACUUAGCGGAUCUCCCCAAGGAAGGGACGCCAAUCUUCCUACAGACCCGUGCGGCCCAGGUUAUCGCCGGUGUCUUCGUGUCUGCGGCGCUUUUUCUCACUUGCCAACAGAUCUAUCAGCACCUGAGGUGGUAUACAAAUCCUACGGAACAGAGAUGGAUAGUGCGAAUUUUGUUUAUUGUGCCCAUUUAUGCCACAUAUUCUUGGAUCUCGCUGUUGUUCUUCAACAGUGAGAGCUAUUAUGUUUACUUCUUCACGGUGCGAGACUGUUACGAAGCGUUUGUUAUAUACAACUUUCUGUCACUGUGCUACGAGUACCUAGGUGGUGAGGGCAAUAUCAUGUCUGAAAUCAGAGGCAAACCGAUACGUUCCAGUUGCAUGUAUGGCACCUGUUGCCUGGUUGGGAAAACUUAUACUAUCGGCUUUUUGAGAUUUUGCAAGCAAGCCACAUUACAAUUCUGCUUGGUUAAACCAGUAAUGGCAUUUGUCAUUAUAUUUCUACAAGCCUUUGGCCAUUAUAGAGAUGGAGAUUGGUCACCCGAUGGUGGUUACCUUUAUAUUACGAUAAUUUACAACAUCAGUGUAUCGCUUGCACUUUAUGGGCUGUUUCUGUUCUACUUCGCUACGAGAGACCUGUUGACACCGUUCGAGCCUGUGCUCAAGUUUUGUACAGUGAAGAGUGUGAUCUUCUUGUCAUUUUGGCAAGGAGUUCUGCUAGCUAUUUUGGAAAAAGCAAACGUCAUUUCGCCUGUUAUAAACAGUCUGGGUCAAUCAACGAGCGCUGGUACAGUCUCCGCUGGUUACCAAAAUUUCCUCAUUUGCAUCGAGAUGUUAUUCGCUGCUAUAGCUCUACGUUACGCGUUUCCGUAUCAAGUAUAUGCAGCUGGCUGCGUUACUGACUCUAGAGGUAGAAGCGUGACGAUGCAAAGCAUCAGCAGUAGUUUGAAAGAAACAAUGAAUCCAAAAGAUAUUAUGACCGAUGCCAUCCAUAAUUUCCAUCCACAGUAUCAGCAGUAUACACAAUAUAGCGCAGACGUUAAUACCAACUUGCCGUACGAAAAGCUAUGACACAGUGAGGCGUCACUUUUUUAAUUUCAAGAAAUUGGACAUCGAGCUUUACGCGUGACUUUAAAUGAGGAUCGAAAGAUAACAUGAUACAGCACUUUGCUUACGGAAUUACACAAAUGCCUUAUAGAUCGGUAUCUGUCCACAAUGGGGUCGAUAUAAAUGAAUUCUCCACAGAAAUUACAAAAUAAGGGUUGUAUUUAAAAUAUCGAUAUAUACGUAUUAUAUGCAUAUAAGACUCAUCUAUUUUGCGAUUAACAAUCUCUGCUGUAAGAUAGAAGUUAAGCACUUAACAUAAGAAAGCAUUUAGGAAAGAAAAGAAAGAAGGGGAGAGGGAGAGAAUGUACCUUAAUUUCUACAGUGUUGCUCUAUAAAUGUAUAGGAUAAUUAGGUAUUGGUUAAUAUAUCAUAUUCUUUUUUGUUUGUUUUUUUAUUAUAUAUAUAUAUAACAUCAUAACAGUCAUCACAACUUAAUUUUAUUGCUUUUAUUUUAUAUUCCUGUCACAUGGUACUAUGUAGCAUGCGAAUAUACAGUAUGAAACGGGACGAGCAUGUAAGCACAUCAUUAUGUCCUUUUUCCCAACAGUACAGCAUACAUUUAUAGUGGCCAAGUUAUCACAAUCCUAGCUGCUUGCGAUUAUUUUAUUUCCUACUUUAAUAAUAAAUUGCAUGGAAUUUUUGAAUGCGAUUAUGCGAUCGCGUUAAUAUAUUUUUUUCUCUUGCACCUAUGUAUUACGUGUAUUCGUAUAAGAAUUCGAACUUUGUUGCUCUGAUCGAGUCUUCGAGUAGUUUAGUAAUUAGCACUCUCUCAAAAUCACUGAGAUCAGGUUUGGAUGUCGAAAUAUAGAGAUAGGAAUGUUGUUUAGUGAUCUUUUUUAGAUGAAAGAUUCUCUACAUAACAGAGAAUUGAACUUGCGAAAGUAAUACCGGUUUCAAUCCUCGAUGUCGCAAAUGCAGUUUCAGAGCAAGAACGUUCGAGAUAAAAAUGUGACAUUUUCGGCAGGAAUUAAAUUGCCCGCUAUUGGGUCAUUUUACGAGUUAAUUUAAAAAACGGACACGCGUAGGAUAUGUUCCUACAUGUGACCGACCGGCCAAUCUUAGUGUAUUUAUUGGCUAGUGGGCACAUGUAUCUCGUAUUUGCCUACUGUAAUGUGUAACGAUGAUGUAACAAUUAGGGGGCCCGAAAGGACAACGUGGUAUGCGAGUAUCCAGCUUUGAUCCGGAUGAUCCGCAAAAUAUGCCGGUACCACCACCGCAAAGGCGAAACACCUCACACCAGCGCGUCGCCACGAUUUCGCAAAACUAUAAUGAGAAAACGAUGUUGCUGAGCAGCGACGAUGAAUUUCAAUAAAACGUAUGGACGCGAUUCGGGGAAAUUGUGGUUCACGCAUGAAAAUAUCGUAUCGACAAACAUUACGUUAGAACGCGAGACUUCCAUAAACCACUAGGGAUCUGCUUUCGAAGCGAGAAAAGCAAAAAAAAACGAAAAGUUUCCAGCGUUUUGCGCGAAGCGGAUUCGAUUAGGUAAGAAUGUUCUCGCGGAGCGGAAAGCAAAAAGUAGACUUCAAAAAAAAAAGGAAAAAAAGAACAUCGCGAGGCACAAGAAUGCGUCGCGCUUCACUGUAAUAGUUCCAUAAUGUUACAUCCAUGUUAAUAUAUGUAUUAUGUUAUACGAGUAAAAAAAAUAAUAGU